CGCGUUUUUUGCCUCGUUGGAAGGUGGUUUCGGUAGGAAGCUCUCUGUUGACGGUAGCCGAAGAGAAAAGCUGAGUAGAGAAACGAAAAGGCAAUUGAACGAGCGUUUGAGUUGGUCAAAUCCUCUGUCAUCAAACGAUGUCGGUCACUCAGGACCUUCCAGACAUGGACGGGACAGACCUCUUCGGGCUCUUGUUCCAAGAUUGCAACAAUGGAUGUACUGAGCCCUUUUUUCAGGAUGAGAAUGGGCUUAUUGAAUCCUGGCUGUCUGAGCAAGAUAUACUGACAGGUAUGGAUACGGAGGAUUUCCUGUCCAGCUUGUUAGAUGGGGAUGACAACGUGGAGGCCUUCUCUCCCUCUCAUUCCCCACUAGGGAGCGACAGCGGCAUUUCCGAUGACAGCAGCACUGGGGCUGGAAACAACAACGCUCUGGGAAGUCCUCAUGGCAGUGAAAGCGACAUAGUUCCCAGUCCCGUGAACUCUGAUCCCGGCCUUACCUUCGAGGAGCUCCAAACGGAGAGCCCUGAGACCUUGUCAAUCCAUGCAGAUCACAGUUACUCUCUGCUGCAGAACGGAGCCAGGGACAUGGACGUCCUGGAGAGUGUCCGGUCAGAGAAGCCAGAUACAGAUGUUUUCAUUGAUCUGGAUGACCUGGUGAGUGAUGCCAUGGAGGAGGACUUCACCACCGAGCUGCCUUGUACUUUGGCCAUAGAGAACUGUGCACAGGAUUUAGCACAACUUGGCAAAGAUGAGCAGUUCCAGUUCAAAGAGAUCGUUCUCACUGAGGAGGAGAAGCGGCUUCUGGCAAAAGAAGGAGCCACCAUUCCCGAGCACAUGCCUCUCACUAAGGCCGAGGAGAGGACUUUGAAGAGGAUCAGGAGGAAGAUCCGCAACAAGCAGUCUGCUCAGGAGAGCCGCAAGAAAAAGAAGGUGUAUGUUGAUGGACUGGAAAACAGGGUUGCUGUCUGCACUGCACACAACCUGGAACUUCAGAAGAAAGUCCAGCUGCUUCAGAAACAGAACAUCUCCCUGAUUGAGCAACUGAGGAAACUGCAGUCUAUAGUGAAGAUGUCUACUUUGAAGGCCAGCACAACCAGCACUUGUGUUAUGGUGUUCCUGCUCUCUUUUUGUCUCAUCAUCUUUCCUUCAGUUAAUCCAUUUGGUCGAAACACUGAACAGAAGGAGGUCUACACACCUUCAUCUGUCGUUUCCCGGACCUUGCGCUCAGUGCCGUCAGAAAACACAGAUCCUAUAUUUUACCUGGAGACUGAGGAGGAUCCACUUGUCUUGGUGUCAGAGGUGGUGGAGAACAGCAAAGCUAUUUUCUCAGGCGGUCAGAAGAACCACACCCCGGACUACCAGAGGGUGGAACAAGCCGACUCUGAGACAGGCGUCAACAGCAACUCCUCAGCAGACUUCCCCAGUCCAGCUCAGGCGGCAGAGAUGAAGCCGGGUUCACCUGGUGGUGCUAGUCCUCUAAAGGAAGGGUCCAUUGAUCCUGUGGUGGCGACUGCUGUGGCAUACGACGUCCCAGGAUCCAAGGACAACUGGAUUGACCGAAGCCCCCCGUCUGUCAUAUUACAGCAGCAUCGCUCUGAUGAGAUGUAGGAGUAUUUUCAUUAUUAGGACCAGCAGAGGGAGACAUUUUGUUAACUGAUGGAAAGCUGAAACUUAAAAUAAUGUUGAAGGUAAAAUAUUAUUUUCUGUCCAGAUAGGGAAUUCCCCUGUUUUUCACUGCAGUUUUUUUUUUUUGGCACUUUUAAUUUAAAUCAUUGAAAAAUUUAAAUGAUUUUUACAGUUUAAACUACUGUAUGUUUUAUAUUAAACAGGGCCAGUGUUGCCAUAAUAUAAAUCUCUGGUCUACUGCAGGACACAUGCUACUGAUAUAGCCUCCAGGGGUUUUUAACUUGUUUUUACAAUGUGACGACCAAAAGUUGUAGAUCUAAACUUGCAAACAUGGGAACAUUGAUACUUUUUUUUUUUUAACUUUUUUUUUCUACAAGAUUUAGAGAAGAGACUUUUUGCCUUCAGCAGAUGUUGACAAGCUCCUCAAAAGCAAUGCUAAAUCAUCAUUAAAAAAAAAGUCAUAAAAGUCCACCUCCUCCAUCACAGAUUGUAUUGUGAAAGAAAAGCUGCUUGACUCUCAUAAAGCUUGAACAAAGUGGUUGUUCGACCACUGUAUGUAUUGCUUAAGCCAUUGCAGGACAUUUGGCCAUUUAGAAGACUAGUAAAGUUUUAGUAUUUCCCUUGUACCAAGGGUAUACAUGCGCUUUAUAAUUUCAGAAUGCUCUUUUGUUUUUUGUACAGUAAAGCAAGAGGAAAUGUAAAAGAUUUACCCUGAACCCCUUCGUUUAUAAUUGUUAGUGAAGCCCAGUCUGCUUUAAACUGUUUUACCAGCUUGUCUUUCUUUAUAAAUGUUUAAAAUACCUUUCACUCUUGUGUUAGGAAGAAGGGGGAUUAUUAAAUAUUUGCUCAGUGAACUAUUUGCAGUACAGUAUAGUCAAAGACAUAAUGAUUUGUUCGUGAAACAUUUUAUUUGUGUAUAUAUUUUUUUGUUACUGUCGGUGAUAAAUGGAAUCUAAAUUGUACUGAAACAGCUUUGAUAAAAUUCACAUGCAAUGAGAUUUUAAAUGUUAGUCACGUCAAAACCAAUGCACUGACAUUUGGCAUAGUUUGAGAAUUAAAUGUAAAUACAAUAUAUGAUUGUUACUUUUCUGUACAUAUGAAUUCAAUGUAUGAUACAUGUCUGAAUAUCUGUCAUAAUAAACUUUUUUUUUUAUAAAUAAGAGCAUUUAAACAUUAAACAUUUUUGUUUCAUUA